CCUAUUCUUAUGUUUUUUUUAAUAUUGUUCAAAGCGUUUCUGCUAUUUCCAUCGGAGUCAUUCGAAUAAUACCUCUUUUCAUCUUUAAUUCCGUUGACACCUCGGACACGUUGUUGUCUUCGCGUCUGCGCCGUUGUAGCUGCGUAUGAUUCGACUGGAUUGCUACAGAAAGAUAGCAGCAGCAUCCAUGAAACGAGAGUUGCUUUGAAGGGGAACAUUGUGUAGCAUCUGCCCUCCCGACCCGUUGUURUGGAAAUCAGUUGAUAUAAAUAAUACAGGUAUACUCUUAUUUCCGUCUUCUCGUAUUAUUAUUGUCGAUAAUGAUACUCCCCUUUCAAUUWAUUGAUCAAGAGAUYGUCUCUCGCUCUUUCCUCUUUGCGGUGAUAACUGGAUUAGGGGGACCUUGGUACUGGAAGACAAUAAUAUUAUUUGUGGUCGGUCUYAUUCUCAAUCCGGAAGCAGUCGUACGUACUGUCCGURAGUUAUCACUAGGAAAAUUUGGAAAGGAAGACCGAAGAUCCGGUAUCGAAUACUUCUAUGAUGUACCGGUAUGUGUGACGACUAUCUGUGUGGGGACGAAUGAAAUUCAUACCGCGACUAAACUAACCAUUAACAAUUUUUGGCGCGACAGUUGCCCCGUCUCGAUUGAACGGUUGUUUCCCAGUCUUCGACUUCGUCUAUGAUAGGCCUACAUGUAUUAUGACUUUCUAACGUUGUGUCACCUUUCAGUUGUAAAUUCUGAACGGUUGAUUUAGGCAAACUCGAGUGAAACAAAUGAUUCUCUAUGACCUCUCUCCAAAUCACAAUCUACGGUACAGUUUCUACAAAACAACCGUAACUCAAAACGCUUUCUCACAACAUGCGUAGUAUUAGCCGUUAAAAAAUCAAACGCCGGGCGGCACGACUGGAUUCAAUCAACUCCGACUACUUCUACGGCUCCUGCAUACAGCACAUGGUAUCGUACAUACCAGGUACCGUGCGUGCGGCAAACAUCACUUCUCGCUUGAUUUGCAUUGAACCCACAUGAAUAAUUUCGUUCAGUGAGAGUAUGGUACGACUGAAAAAUACGAGAAGUAGGUCCUAGAAAGACAAUGAUGAUUCAUCAUGAACGUUUCCAGUAAUGAUUCGAUUACCACAAAUAAUCCAAGACAUUGUGUCGCACUAUUGUCCAUUCGUGUAUAGAUAUCGCGCUGGACAAGCAAAGUAGCACCGAAGAAGACCACAAUAACAGCUUGCUACAGACAGCAACAGAGACGAAACGAAACGAGUCGGAACUCGCACUACCAAACACGACCAAACCAAUUUCUUUUGCAACGUCGGCAUCACAUAAUUAGCACAAGUAUACGUACAAGUAUACUGAAAGUCACAUCAAAGACCUAUUAGCACAAUCCGACCGCCAAUAAGUGCAAGUGUGUACGGUGUAUUCGGCAAUUCCCUACCGUYUUCCAUCAUGAAGUCUGCCUGCUCCCUAAAUUGGUGCGCAUCAUUUUCGAUGCUGUUCUCAUCCGCAAUGUUGCCAUCGAUCACGAUACUGCUCACAACGAUACUAUGCACKGUGUAUGGUAAUGCCGAUGCAACUGCCAUUCCCAUUUCCUUCGCGGGGAUAAAUUACAACACACGCAAAGGACCAGAUUGGGCACCMGAUGUAGAACGCUGCAAGACCCGCGGCGAAAUCGUUCGCGAUCUGACCCUACUUAGCCGAAUCACCAACAAGAUCCGACUUUUGUCGAUCAAGGAUUGCCGUCAAGGAGCCUUGGUCCGUUCUGUCCUCGAAGAUGACUCAUUCAGCGACAUGCAGCUGUGGCUGGGAUUGUGGGUAGGAAAAGAUCCAAAUAAUUUUGCGGACGAGGUCCAAGCRCUGGAAGAAAUGUUUCUGGAUAUGACGACCAUGGCCGGGAACAAUUUACUCACCAACAACCAAUURCUUGGUAUAAGCGUAGGUAGCGAGGCGAUAUACCGCGAGGACGUCACUGUACAGGAAGCGAUUGCAAACCUGGACACGGUCCGCGACCUCCUUUCAAGCUAUGAUAUUUCAGUCCCCGCAGCCAUUGUGGAUAUUGCCCCGAUCUACAGCGCGUCACCCGAAUUGCGCCUGGCUUCAGACAUGAUUGCAACUAACACUUUUCCCUUUUGGGAGGGAACSCCYAUAGCCUAUGCUGUCGAUGAACUCGACAMAGACCUCCAAUGGCUCUUACAGCUCCCCGAAAGCUUUGGAAAACCCUUUUUGUUGGGCGAGCACGGAUGGCCUUCCGGGGGCUACAUUGAAGGCGUCGGGGAGGCCUCCCCCGAAAACCAAAAGCGAUACAUGGCUGAAUCGUUUUGCUAUUUGAAACGGCAACAAGAUAUCAAUAACUGGGAAUACUACGUUUUCACCGGUAUUGACAACGCAUGGCGGCAGGUCCAGGAUCCAAACAAUACUGUUGAAGGGAACUGGGGAUUUUUGGAUUCAAACCUAAACUUGAAGGAUCACUUUGUGGACUUUGAGUUUGAGUGUGGUUCGGGAUCGGAGAAAAAGACUUAUACCUUUGCAAGCGUGGAUUGGAGCGUCCCCCCACUGCCCGAUGAUAGUAACAGCAUUUUCGAUAGUGCAAAUUCAUCUUGCUCGCUGUGGGAUACCUGUCAAGAGCUAGCUGGUGAUUGUUGCCCCACAGUCAGCGGGGGAUAUCUCGGAUGCUGCAGGGAGGAAUUAUUUCUGGGCAGAAACACCAACAGUGGCGGCGGCAGCGGUACCGAAAGCGGAACCAAACCUGUUUUGUCAGUACCAGUGACAGCAACACCGACAGCAACACCGACAGCAACACCAACAAUCCCACUGACUGAUCCCCCCACAACUCUUUCUCCUUCGACGUCGGCACCGUUGCCGCUGCCUACCAUAAAUCCAACAAAUAGUGAUGCAUCCUCAACUGCCCCUUCCGUGGAAAUCGCCCUCUCGCCUCCGAUACUUACUGCUAGUCCCACCAUAAAUAGUGCACCCUCGACUGCCCCGUCGACGGCAGCAACACUUGCCCCUUCGGUCGAGCCGACUCUAAGAACAAAUUCUYCCACGAUUUUGCCAACUACAGCAGCUCCRUCGCAAGCACAAGUCGUGCCUGUUASCAAUGCUCCCUCGGUUGCACCGGAACCCAGCAAAACGGAUGGAAAUAGCAGCGGAACCAGCGAUAAAAGYGAAACAGGAGAAAUUUCUUCGACACCCKCCGACCAAGACUCAGCGGUCMCAAUAAGCCCGUGGAAUGAGAAUGGAUGGGACAAUGAAAAUGGUGGCAACRAUGUCAACCGUGUUAGCAAUAACGAGAACGAGAGYAGUGAAAGCCAAAUCAGUGGUACAAACUGCAUCAAUCCUUUCACUAAUUAUAUCGUCUCUAAGCAACAUACAACAACAGGUAGCUUGCAGAYUACCACCGCUUGGCUGYUGUUCCACGGCGCACAGCUCUUUGCCGUAUCAGUGAUCAUUGACCWCAUAGGGCUGUACGUUUGAACAAACGAAAAAUAGGACAGCAUUAAGAAAAUAGUAUGAUUUCUGAAUGCCGUAAUGAUUGAAAGGYGUGUUGUACUUUGYAAGCUCCAACGUACCGUAGACGACAAGGUGUGUACCWCGAUCYAUGCACUUGUAUUCUCUAGCACCAUACUAGUAAUGUUUCGAAUAAGUGCAAAGCCAGUGG